UUUGUUGCCUCGUGCGCUGCAGACGUUCACGCGCGGUACGAACAGUAAAAACACACAGAACCUAAAUCCAGCAGGAGAGCACCACAACAGGAUUCCUAAGCUCUGAUUCAGACUGGACUCAAACACGUAGUCUAUCCAUUUUUUUUUUUUUUGCUGUGCGCCAGUUAAAAGUGCUAAGGAUUUAUAUAUUUAAAAGUGAAACUGCAAAGGCGACAUAGUCGCAUAUAUAUAGUAUAUAUAACUAUUCAUAUACAUAUAUAUAUAGAGAGAGAAGGAGGACACCGAGCUCAGCUAUCAGGACAUGCCCACCAUGACACGCAUGCAUCGGCACUCCAGCUCGAGCGGCGUCGAGGAGACGCGCGGCCGGCGUCGCAAUGCCAGCGGCGAUGCGAACAAGGAGAACUUUGGGGUCCACUUCAUGAGCAGCCCCUUCGGCAAUAGCAGCCUGAUUGCACUGCAGGAUCUGAGCAACGUGCAUGGCAAGAGUCCGCAGCGGCGCAGCUUCAGCGAGGGCAGCGGACCGCGUCAGGCCACGCCGCAGUUGGCAGCGCUGCGUUGCCUGCCACGCCUGGGCGGCGCUGUUGGCGCUGCGGGGGGCGGCCUGGAGGACUCGCAGUUGUCGUCCUCGCGCAUGGGUGACACCACGCUCGAUCGCAUGCUGGACGCCAUUAUAGAGUCGGCGCGCAAGGAGGUGCGCUGCAAGCAUCAAACUGCAUCAGCGUCGACGGCGGCGACGUUGGCAGCGACGCCUGGCGAUGGCGAGUGGAGCGAGAGCAGCGUCCACGAGAUGGAGGUGCGCACGCCCACCCAUCUGAAGCGGCAGCGCGUAGUGCGCCGCAAGAAUCAACAAAAGCAAGCCGCAGUCGCUGCCGCUGCCGCUGCCACUGCCACUGCCUCGACCGCAGUCGAGAGGCAAAAGAAUCUGGGCCUGAGAAAGCAGCCCAGCCUGGAGCACAUACCUAGCAUCAAGCGUUGCCUGAGCUUCUCCUCUUCGAGCUCCACAUCCAGCGACUUGGAGGAUGAGGAGCAUUUUGCCAAGCGUGGCUCCAUGGCCUCCUGCGUCUCGGGUGCCUCCUCCAACUCCAACUCUAACUCCGCCUCCCAUUCUAAUGCGACGAGCAACGGCGAGUUUCAUCCACGUGGCAGCAUCGACUUGAGCAUCGCUUACGAUGCCCAUCAACAGCAAUUAAAUGUACAUGUUAUACGCUGUCGCGAUCUGCAGCGAUUGCACGGCGCUGGCAGCAUCAAUGCAUACGUCAAGGUGGCCUUACUCUCCGGCGUUGCAAACAGCAGCAGCAGCGAAAAUUCGAGCUCCAACUCGAACUCGAACUCGAGUCGAUACCAGCGCACGGCCGUCCAUCGGCACUCGAGUCGUCCGUACUUUGAUGAGCGCUUUAGCUACCAUGUGCAGGAUGCUAUGCUGCAGGCAACAGCAACAGCAACAGCAGCAGCAACGGCGACGGCGUCGACGUCAGCAUCAACAUCAGCAUCAGCAUCAACAUCAACAACAGCAGCAGCGCUGCAGCUGGCCGUUUGGCAUCGGGAUCGGCAUUUGAAACGCAGUGAGUUCCUCGGCUGCCUCACAUUUCCACUGAGCGCUUUAGUGCAGCAGAGCCUCGGCGCAACUGGAUCCUACAAGCUACACUCGCAGGGAUGCCUUCAUAGCUGCCGCAGCACGAGCAGCAGUAGCAGCAGCAGAACGCACGUCCACGUCCACGCAACGCCCACAAGCCGUACCGAGGAGAAGCCAAUCGAGCGGAAGCUGAGGGAGAGGCAGAGGGAGCAGGUGAAGGAGCAGCUUACAGCGACUGUUAACGCUAGACCCGCAGCGGUUGAGAUGUCCACGAUGGCGGCUACAGUGAAACCGAAUGCCACAGCCACAGCCCCAGUCACAGCCCCCAGCACAGCCACAGCCACAGCCACGAGCGCAGCCGUGCUGAGCGAUGAUGUCAUCAGCAUCAGCAUCGAUAGCAUGGCUGCCGCCGUCGGUCCGCUGGGCAAUGGCAAGGAGGACGCGCUGCAGCAGCCGACGAUGGUGCUCAGCAAGAAGGCACUGCACCAGCGCGAUGCCGAUGAGAAUCUGUUCUUGCGCUUCCUCGAGCUGGACCCGCCCGCCGAUGGCAAUGCGAACAGCACCACGGCCAACACCGGCAACACGGGCAGCACGUCCGCCGGCACACUCAAUGCGAACGCCAUGUCCAAUGCGAACGCGAAUGCCAACAAUGCGAAUGCCAGCAAUGCGAAUCAUCUCAACGGCGGCAACGGCACACGGCGCUGCUCGACGCUGCCGGGCAACAGCGGCGGUGGCGGCCGUCAGCCGACGGGACGCACGCCGUUCACGAUGACCAAGCGGUUGACCCGGACGGAGGAGCGCGGAUUUGGCUUCUCCAUUGUGUGGACGCAUCCACCGCGCGUCGAGAAGGUGGAGGCGGGCCUGUCAGCGGAUCGCUGCGGCAUCCUGCCGGGCGACUAUGUCAUCUUUGUGGACAAGCACAAUGUGGUUACGAUGCCCGAGGCUGAUGUUCUGAAUUUGAUACGAUCGCAGGGCUCGUCCUUAACGUUGGAGAUAUUCAGAAGGUCAGGCGCGGGCGCCAACAUGGCCACCAAUGCCACCAAUGCCACCACCAUCAGCACGGCAACACCGACAGCCCUAGCCACAGGCGCAGGCGCAGGUAUAGGCGCAGGCACUGGCACAGGCACAGGCACAGGCACUAGCGCUGGCACAGCAAGUGUCAUCCAUAAUCAGCAGCAGUCGCAGCUGCGCAGCCAGCAGCUGCUCUAUGGACUAGAGGAGCAGCCAGCCAGCGUUGUGGCGCUGCAGCAGCGCACCGCCAGCGUUCGCCCCCAGCUGCUGGGCAACACCCUGUCGAGGCCAGCCACCGCCUGCUCCGGCACCACCUCCUCCAUUGAGGCGGCCAAGCGGCGGCUCCACCUGCCCCAGGUCACGUUCAGCAAGGAGUCCAUUGUGCCCAUAACGGAUAAUCGUCGACGCUUUCUGCUGCAGCUCAUCAGUCGGGAGCAGAACUUUACGGCGGCACUCCACUUUGGACUGCAGCGCUUUGUGCAGCCACUGCAGGAGCGGAAGGACCUAAUAUCGCCGAACGAUCAUCGGACCUUGUUUCAGAACAUUGAUGAGCUGCUGCGCAUUGCCGAGGACAUACUGGAGCAGCUGUGCAGCAACGAGCAGGAGCAGGAGCCGCACAUGAAUUUCGCCUCGCGGGUCUAUCUGUCGAAGACGACGGCGAUUUGCGCCGCCUACAAGAAGUACUGCAAUGGCAUCAAGCGGGCCGACUGCGUUCUGGUGAACAAGUCCCGUCAGACGGGCUCCGAGUUUGUAGCCUUUAUCACCGAGCCACCUGUGCCGCGCAGGCGGCCCGAUCUCACAAUGUUCAUCCAUCGACCGCUGCAGCACUUCAGGGAGAUUCUGAAGCUGAUGCAACUGCUGGCCAGCAAUUGUCAUGUGGACACCGAGGAGCACAAGAACUUUACCACUGUGAUCGGUGAGCUGCAGGCCGCCUAUCGCGAGAUAACCGUCAGCAGCGGCCUGAUGGAGCCCCUGGGCGAGGGCCGACCGCUUCUGACCUUGCAGGAUUUGGAGUCCCGCAUGGUGUUCACCAAGUGCAAGCCCUUUACGCUGGCCGUGCAGGGCCGUCAGUGGAUCUUCGGCGGAGAUCUGUCCCGCGUCGAGGGGCGCUCGAUAAAGCCCUACUGGACGCUGCUCUUCAGCGACAUCAUUGUGUUCGCCAAGGUCAGUCGAGAUCGCGUCCUGUUCAUCACCGAGGAGCCCAUACCCAUCGCUAACGUCGUCGACUCCUGCUUUCACAUGCGUAAGAAAACCACGGAAUUCCGCCUGACUGUCGAUCCUAACGGCCGUUUGGCCGAAAGCCCCACAGGAUAUUGUGCACCGGAUCUGAGCCGCACGCCCAAGCGGGGUGCCAGGCGGAAGAGUCUUAUCCUGCGUGCGCCCUCGCUGGAGCUGAAGGCCGUCUGGCAGAAUCUUUUACAGCGUCAAAUCUUUCUGGUGAAUGCCGCAUUGGGGUCGACGCCUCUGUCCAGCCCGCUGGACUCGCCGGAUGUGCUGAACACGCUGGUGCCGUUAAGUGACAUUGGAAUGACGUCCGCAUCGAUGGGAUCGAUGAAGCUGCCCUCGCUGGACAGCAUCAACCUGAAGCAGCAGCAGAAACAGCAGCAGCGCGGCCCCAGCCUUGGCCAUGGCCAUGUCGAGCAGAUCGAGCUGCUGAUUGACGAGAAGUGCCGCAUCCUGAAUAAGACGGGCACUCCGAGGUCGAGUGCCCUGCACCUGGCCAACUGGAUGAAGGGCCAGCUGGACAAGCAGCAGCAGCAGGCGCGACUGGCGGCCAUUGCCCGUUCCCAGGAGAACAUUAGCGCCGAGGACGAGCAGCUGAUCUUCAACAGCGACAGCGAGCAGGACGAGCGCAUCAUCUACUGGACACGCCAGCAGCUGGAGAAGCGCACCAAGGAGCUCAACCUGGCCAAGGAGCUGGGCGGCCUCUCCGCCAAGCCCAACUUCGGGGGCAAGCGCCUGAGCGGCGUCGACGAGCUGAGCAUGAGCCUGAGCGCCGCCUCGGACAUCUACUCGGAGGCGGAGGUGGUGACCAGCCAGAUCAGCCAAUCGCAUAGCACCACAUCUGACAGCCAGGUGAGUGAGAUCACCGUGCGCUCCAGUCCCAUUGUGCUCGACAAGCUGGCGGUGUGCCGUCACUGCCACAAGAACUGCCAGCAGAGCGGUGCCAGCGGCAGCGGGGGGCGUGGCUCGGCUGCAGCCGAGGCGGGUGGGGCAGGUGGCUCGUCGCUGCUGUGCAACUCGCUGAAGGUGCAGCACAGUCAGUCCUCGCCCAACCGCUGCUGCAAGCUGAACGGCACAGCUGCAGCUGCAACCGCUGGAGCAGCUGGGGCAGCCGGACAGGCAGCUGGGUCAGCAGUGGCUGGCAGUGGAACGGGCACCGGCAGCGUGACCAGCAUCUCCAGCAGCACCAUCACCGGGGAGCUCUCCUCGAAGGUAGUCGCUAGCAGCAGCCGGCGCGAGACCGGCGACACGGAGAGCGAUGUGGCCCAACUAAUCACCGACGAACUGUCGCUGUCCCAAUCAGAGGCGACAGAUGACAGCGUCAACGCCAUGCCCAACAGCAGCAGCAGCAGCGCCAAGCUACGAGUUCUAGAGACGGCGCAGCCACUGCCGAACGGUCACUGCUCUGUCUCCGCCUCCGCGUCCGUCUCCGUCUCUGCCAAUGCAUCCGCCUCCGCCUCAGCAACGGGGUCGCCACAGCCGCCGCCCAGGCGCGCUCGAGUCGUGGCGCAGCUGUGCCAGGAGCCAGUGCGUCAGCAGGUGAAGGCCGUUGUGACCAUUACGGAAACGGCUCGCAUUAUGCGCAACACUGAACGCAGCUCCAACACCAGCGCCGGCGCCGGCGCCGGCGCCAGCACUUGCCAUUGUCGCUGCACUCCGGAGGACUUUAGCCAGCUGGCGCCGGACAAGAUGGAGCAGCAGACGUGCAAGCUGCUAGAGUCACCCAAGCAGAAGACCAGCUCAGUGCAGCUGCAACAACAACAACAAACACAGCAGCAGCAGAAGCAGCAGCAGAAGCAGCAGCAGAAGCAGCAGCAGCAGGAGGAUGAACAGCUGUCGCUGAUGCUGAUCGGGCUGGCGCAGUUCGCGCCGGCUGCCAAGCUGUGCGGCCAGGCAGAGGAGACGACGCCACCCACCAUAGCAGUGGUGCCGCCCACGCCGGACGCGGUGCUCACCAAGACCAGCACGCACGUGUGGGACAACAGCGGCGGUACGGCGGGCAUGGAUCAGGUGACGACCACGGCAAUCAAGCAGCCCCGCCAGGCGAUCAUUGAGAAUAUACCGGAGGACUCGUGCGACGAAUCGCCGCUGGAAGAGGAGCCGCCGUAUCGGCCCAUGAGCAGCGCGCUGCGGCGCUUCGGCACAAUGUCCAGCCUCGAGAAGCUGCCUUCCGACGAGCUGGACGACGACCUGGAGCCCUAUGCGCAGAACGGCCUCAACGAGGAUCUCGAGCACGAGGCCGACAACGAUGGCGACGACGACGACGAUGGCGACGAGGACGACGACGUGGAUGAUGCCACGGCCGACAAGGCGCUCGCCCAGAACCUGCAUGAGCUGACGGCCAACUGCUCCAGCGCAACUCUGACCAAUGGCGAUGUGCUGGCCAGUGGCGCGUGGACGAAUCGCGCUGGGGCCUUCGUCACCGACAAGAUGUCCUUCUUCGAGGAGUCGCGCGCCUUCAUUGACAAGUACCUGGGUCGCUGGAACGCCAACGAGCAGCAGCAGCAGGCCCAGCAGGGAGCCAAUCAGACGGCCUCCGAGACGGACGAGCAGAUGGACGAGUGCACCUCGGGCGCCACCAGUGGCGAGGAGGUCUGGGGCACGCCCACCAGUGGCGGCGACAACGACGAUAUGCAGCUGAUCAACUCGGAGAACACGCACUCGUCACCCACCAAGUCGAGCACCUCGCUGAACGACGACGACGAUACGGAGCUGAUGAUGGAUGAGCUGCUGAUGGCGCCGCCCAUGACAGCGAGCACCAUUCGGGGACUGCUGCCACGACGUCGUCUUGAGCCCCUGUUCGAGGAGGAGACCGAAAGCGACGAAGAGAAAACCCAACAGGACAGCGACGAUAUCAAAAAGGGGGAAGCAACGACAAAUGGCCACUACCUAGAGGAUUCGGCUGGAAGUUCAAGCGACGAGGAGCCGGAGGAGCCGGAUCCACACUCGAGCGAGGAGCGCCUGCAGCCGAAUCUGGCCACCACAGCGCUGGGCCCACGGCCGCUGACAACCAGCAGCAGCAACUCCAGCCGCACCACCACCACCAUCAUGCUGUUACCCACCACGGCCAUUACGACGCCGACCCCCUUGGAGGUUCAAGCACCACCGCUACCGCCAGUGGCCUCAUCCUGCGAGUAUCUACUCGAACAGCGCGCGUCUGCGACUAUGGCGGCAUCAUCCACCACGACGAGCUCAACGACAACGACAACAGCCGCAAGGACGCCGUCGUCGACGUCGGCGACAGCAACGAUGAUGACGAUGACGACGACGACGACGACGAGUAUGGGGAUGCGGAUCUCGGGGCCGGCAGCAGCGACGACGGCGAGUCGAGCUCCCUCAUCGACUACUACAACAACCAGCAGCGGGAGCGGCACUACCAGCUGCGCCACCAGAGCCAACGUCAAGCCACCGAGAUUUAUACCACCACCGCCGCCGCCUCGUCGUCUGCUGCUCACGCAGACAAAUCUAAGCGCUGCACCGGCCAAAACGCAGCCACCUCAAAGAAAAUCUGGCGCUACUGCUGACAGUGGCUGUUCGGCGGCUGCCGCCGGCGCCGCCAGCGCUUCGCCCACAAUCGGUAUCGGGUCAAGGACAACGCCUGCGAGUACCAGAACCUCUGCACCGUCAGUGGGAGCGGCAUCGGGGGCAUCGACGGGACCGUCGGCAGGCCCAAAACGCCCAUCGUCAACGAUAAUCGAGACUUGCCUGCUGGGUACCGCAGUGCCGGCAGACUCAGCCACUUCAUCAGCAACAGUCUCGAGGACAGCAAAGCCGAUGCGGACCAGCACGGAGAGCAGCCCAGCUGCAGCGGUGCCAGCGGCCAAGGAGCCGGCGCCGGUGCCGGCUCAGGCGCCAGCCGUACCGGACGCAGCCGAUACUCGUUCAGUGGCCGCUGCCCCACCGCCGCACGUUGGCUGCGGCUUAAGUCCAAGGCUGGAAAUGCGGUUGGCUCUCAACCACGACAUACUCGGGGACGAGGACUUGAUCUGCUACGAGCCUGGUCCAGAUCUAACAACUAUUCUGGGGCACGACCUCUCCACAUUUCAUCGUCUGACGGGUCGCGAUUUAUUGAGUCGUUCAGCCACGAAUCGGGUGCAGCCAAAAGAGGCUGUCAUAUCGUACUCUCAACAACGCAACUCCAAGAUGGACACGCCGACGGUGAACCGGCGACCACGUCCCGCCGUGGCGACCACGUCCGGCCAGAGGAGUCACAGCAGCAGCAGUCACGGAAGUCCGCGCGCCGCUGGUUCAGCUCGUGCCGGCGUCGCCGGUCCACAACGCCAGCAUCCAAGUCCAAAUACAUGGAGCAGUUCUGCAUCUGUGGGUCGAGCAGGAGGCGCGAGCGGCGUCGGCGGCGACAGCAGCACAAGCUGCAACAGCAGCAGCGGCGCGAACAAAUUAGGCGAUCUGGAAAUCUUAGCGAGACGCGAGAAGAUAUACUGCAUGUCUCAAUCGAAGAGUGGCUAUCGAGUCAAGGCGACAUCCGGGACAACCGCAACGAAAAUGCGAACGACGACGACGACGACGACGACGAUGGCAACGAGACGCGACUGUUCCUCGACAACGAGCCGAGCAGCAGCAGUAGUCUCUCUGACGAGGACGAUGAGUACUACUUCGAUGGACGCAGUGGCAGCAACAACACAAACACAAACAACAACAACAACAACAAUAGCAACAAGAACAAUGACUGAAGCGUGCCUCGAAACCGAAGUGGGCAAAUCAAACCGUUUAAUCAACUUUAUCAAGCGCCGCAACUCGGAGAUAAUAGCCAGCGGCAGCAGCAGCAGCAACAAUCCCCACAACUCCGACAGCACACUCGGUGGCGACUCCCAGUCGCAGCUGCAGCUGCACGGCAGUCAGCAGCUGCUGAGGCAGGCGCCGGACAAUGCGGACAUGGCACAAAUGUCGCCACGUAAAGAUAACGACAAGCCCUCGCUGAACCGACGCCUGUGGAAGCAAAUCACCAAACGAAGACGCACCAACUCCGUAUCCCAGAUAGUCGCUGGCUAAGCAAAGAGUCGGUUCACACUAGCACACCCACACCCACACACACAUAUAUAAACAUUCCUUCUCUUUCACUCCUCUCUCUCUCUCUCUUUCUCUCUCUCCAUACAUAUAUAUAUCUUUUUCUCUAUCAUUCAUGGUUAGAUAGAGAUACAUAAGCAUCUGCGUUCAGCUUUCAUUGUGUUGUACGUAUAGAGCAUUUAGUUAAGACUUUAGUUUAGUUAUCCAUAUUGUGCGGGAGCCUAGCCAGUUCCUCGUGAAAAUCGUGCAGCCAGAGGCCGUUCACACAGUCAAGUGGCGUCCAGUCCUGCCGAGGAGUAGCUGCAGCCAGCUAUAGUUUAAGGAGAGUUGAGCUAAUCGCUAUCAACUUUUUAACUUAGUAGAGCUCUUCGUUUUUAAGGUGUUUAUUUGCCUUGACUGGCACCAUAAGCCACUAUGUAUUGUAGGAUAUUCCCUAGCUGUCUCUAGAGCUGAGCAGUCUCAGGUUUUCUACUGGUAAUCUUAAGUAGCCCAGGCAGUUACUGCUGGCAGUUCAAUCUCCAACUCUGUGGACUGUGGAUGGCCUGCAAAUCGAUGAAACUGAAACUGAAUAUUUAGACAAAAUGAGCAAACUUACAUCAAUAACUGACGAAGAUGAUGAUGAUGAUGAUGAUGAUGUUGAUGAUGAUGAUGAUGAUGAUGAUGACAAUGUUAGCUGGAGAAAAACUAUGUAAUAUUUAUGCUAAGUUUUUGAUACUUACAAACUUUGUAGCUAGUAAACCCCAAUGAAACGAUCAAUGACGGUUGCGUCCAAUUGCCUCCAAGUGCAAUGCGACUCCUGCCUCUGCCAAUCAGGCCAAGACCGAAGCCAAAUCUCAAUAUCUCUUAACCUAGAAAUACGAACAGCCAAUGACGAAUGGGACAACGAAUGCAUCGCCUGGAGGCAAGGCUUUACUAAUUGUUAAUGAAUAUACAAACAGACAACAGCUUUUAUGGGCGGGUCAAAGGGCACACACACACACACUCACACUUACACAAUCCAGCCAAAAGUAAGGAUUUAUAGAAAGGAGAAGCAUAUUGAAUAUGUUUCAACUAUUUUUGAGAGAAUGAAGUUGCAAUUGAUAGAAGUCAAAUUAGUUGAGUUUUGCACUGGAUUAGCCAGUGGAAGAGGAGAUUUCGAAUUCUCUGUUUUUUUUUUCUUCUCUUAUUUCAUUUGAAUGAAAUUGCCUUAAAUUAUAAACUAUUUAACUAUUUAUUGUAUUUGUAGCUUAACAUUUAUACAUCUUAUGGCAUUUUGCAGUUGUCAUUUGUCCAGUAAAGAAAACGUAAAGAAAAAAGAAAAGAAAGUUAUAAAAGGUGCAAGUAAGAGAAUUGCAGUCGGGCACAACCGACUGCACAAUACACGUUCACAGUGCAAUUUCAAGAAGAAAAAUCAAAUAUUUCUGACUGAACUAUCAUGGAAAUCAUAGAGCUAGCCAGGUACAGUUCCAGCUCAUCGUAGCUCUAGAACUUCCGAUAUACGAGUACAUAUAAGAGAUGGUAUACCCGAGGGGUAUAUUAUAUUAUUCCAAAUUGUAAUUCGUGAACGACUAUUAAGUUAGAGUAAAUCGAACUCGUAUAGUCGCUGUAAAUGCGAAAUUUUAAACUAUUUCCAAAUUUUGUCUCAACUAUUUACAGCAUAUUUACAAAGCAUUAUUUUUAGUCAGAUUCACAGCUAGUUUAUGGGUAGGAGCAAUGUGUGCAUAGGUAUGUAUCUACAUAUGUACGUAUGCGCAUUUUGUAGUUUAUUUCACAUUGAAAUUGUUGAACGCAAACAAAUUAUACGAAAUUUAUAAUAAUAGAUGGAAAAAAAGGAAUGAGCGAAUGAAAAACCAAAAGACAAAUGAUCAAGUACAUUUAUCAGCUUUAAUAGAAAUUCUAAUUAAAAAAAUAAUAAUAAUAAAAAAAAAA